AUGAAAAACGUUACAAUAAUAUAUCUUCACCCAUAUAACUCCUAUAAAAGGAGAAAGAUCAAACGUAACACAACUUGUCUAAUCUUCUUCGAUCGAUAUAAGCUUAAACAAUAUAACAUAGCUUUAAUAUCAGGAGUUGAUGGACAAAAACCCCAUGCUGUAUGCAUCCCAUACCCCCUUCAGGGUCACAUUAACCCUAUGCUACAGCUAACAAAAAUCCUCCACUUUAAAGGAUUCCACAUUACAUUCGUAAACACCGAAUAUAAUCACAAUCGCCUACUGCGAUCCCAGGGACCUGAGUCCCUGGCUGAUCGCCCAACAUUUCGUUUUAGAACCAUACCGGAUGGUCUGCCCCCUACUGAUGCUGACUCCUCUCAGGAUGUCCCUUCUCUGUGUGCCUCCACCGAGACCAACUGCCUUGAACCCUUUAAGGAGCUCAUCGCCGGCCUUAAUGAGGCCGGUGAUGUGCCUCCUGUGAGCUGUAUUAUAUCAGAUGGUGCCAUGUUUUUUAUGGUUGAUGCAGCUGUUGAGUUUGGUAUUCCUGAUGUUUUGUUUUGGACUGCUAGUGCUUGUGGUCUUUUGGGUUAUGCUCAGUACCAAAAGCUUAUUGACUUGGAACUUACUCCUUUCAAAGACGAAAACUUUGCUACAAAUGGAGAUCUCCAAACAGUCUUAGAUUGGGUACCUGCAAUGAAGGACAUCCGAAUGCAAGACCUCCCAAGUUUCGUAAGAAGUACUGAUCCUAAUGACCUUAUGGUUAGUUAUAUUCCACGACUAGUUAACGGGAUCAAAAGAGGAACCGCGAUCAUCUUUAACUCUUAUGAUGUGUUGGAACACGAUGUCCUUGAAGCUCUCUCCUCCGAUUUCCCUCCCCUUUACACCGUCGGUCCAUUGCAACUCCUCCUCGAAAACAUUGAAAGUUGCAAUGAAGAUGAAACUAAAGAAAUAUGUACGAGUUUAUGGAAAGAGGACACACGUUGCGUCGAAUGGCUCGACUCUUAUGAGCCUAACUCUGUUGUGUAUGUUAACUUUGGAAGUGUUACUGUUAUGACUAAUGAUCAAUUGAUUGAAUUUGCUUGGGGACUUGCUAAUAGUGAAAAACCUUUCCUUUGGAUUACUCGGCCUGAUUUAGUCAUUGGAGAUUCAGCUGUUCUACCACCGGAGUUUCUAGAAAAGACGAAAGAUAAGGGACUUAUUACAAGCUGGUGUGAUCAAAAGCAAGUUAUGACUCACCCCGCGAUUGGAGGGUUUUUGACUCAUUGUGGUUGGAACUCGACAAUAGAGACUUUGAUCAAUGGGGUGCCUAUUGUUUGUUGGCCAUUCUUCGCGGAGCAACAGACUAAUUGUUGGUUUUCUUGCAACGGUUGGGGGAUCGGGAUGGAAAUUGAUGUGAAUGUGAAGAGGAGUGAAGUUGAGGGACAAGUGAGAGAGUUGAUGGAUGGAGAGAAAGGGAAGGAGAUGAAGGAAAAGGUGAUGGAGUGGAAAAGACUAGCUCAUGAGGCUGUUACUGCUCCAAAUGGAUCUUCUUACAACAAUUUGGACAAGGUUAUCGAUGUCCUUCAAUCUUCACAAUAUAAAUUUGAUUGAACUCUACAACUUGUUAAAGGACUUUUUUUAUUGAAGAAUUUGAAUUACUAGCAUUUGUUUGUAUUUCAUUUUUAUUUUUGGUGAACAUUUGUUUGUAUUUUCUGUCUAGUGUGUAUUGCCUACAUAACACACAAUUUGAAGAGUUCAUUUUCUUAUUUUAAAA